UUGUGUGUGUUUGUGUCUUUUGUUCAUUUCGCAGACCCUCACGGCAAUAAGUGGCACCCGAACAGGGACCUGAGGGAAAAUCCCCAGCGGUUAAAAGAAAGGACAGUGAAACCGAAAGGGAAAAGCAUGUGAGUGGUUACCCACCUGCUGGCUGAAGUGGAGACGAUGAGCAACAUUUCACCUGUGGAUGACAUGCUGUUCCGCGCCUUCUCCCAGAUGAGUACAUCCCGCACCUUCACUUUUGGCACUCAACAAGCCCAUCCCCCUACCUGGGGUCAAUUGAAGAAAUUGACCCAAGAAGCAGAAAAUGCACUUUGCCGUCUGAACCAGCCACUAAAUUCAGCUAAUCUUUUGCUGGCCAUGAUGGCAGUUGUAACCUGCCAGUCUUCCUCCGAUGGUCCCGACAACAAGCCGUAGCUAGUGACAAUCAGCAAAUAAUGUCAGCUCUGCAGCAUGUAACCUCUCAAAUAAAAUUAAAAAAAGGGGGAAAUGUAGAUUGUAUGUGAGUUUA